UAGCAUGAGUGGGCGUGGGCUUCGAGGGGGAUGACGUGAAGGGAGGCGGACCAGGAAGUAGGCGGAGCAAUACCAAGUCUCGCCAGCGCUGUAGCCUCGCGAGAUCUCAGUUUCCCCCCCCGCCCCUCCUACUCCGCAAUCCCCGCGUCUUCUCCGGUCGCCGCUGUCGCCCCCCGACGCCGACGUCGCCGUCGCCAUCGCAAUGCCCCAGUUCGUGGAGAACUUCUGGGGGGAGAAGAACAAUGGAUUUGACAUCCUCUACCAUAACAUGAAGCACGGCCAGAUAUCCACCAAGGAGGUGGCUGACUUCAUUAGAGAAAGGAUGACGGUGGAAGAAGUUUAUGCCAAGUCGUUAACGAAGCUGGCCAAGACGGCCAGCAACAACUCGCAGCUGGGGACGUUUGCGCCCAUGUGGGAAGUGUUCCGCGCCUCGUCGGAGCGCCUCGCCUCGUGCCACCAGGAGCUGAGCCGCAAGCUCAUGGAGCUCAUCCGGGAGGUGCAGAAGUACGGCGACGAGCAGACCAAGCAGCACAAGAAGACGAAGGAGGAGGUGUCGGGGACCCUGGAGGCCGUGCAGGGCAUGCAGUCCACCACACAGGCGCUGCUCAAAGCCAAGGAGGUCUACAACAGCAAACACCAGGAGACGGAGAGGCUCAAGAAGGAGGGAAACCACAAAGAGUACGAGAAGGCCCAGGUGAAGUCACGCAAGGCGAUGGAGGCGUACAAGGUGUUCGUGGAUAAGUACGCCAACGUGCGCUCCGACUUUGAGCACAAGAUGACGGAAACGGCACAGAGGUUCCAGGAGAUUGAGGAGGCUCACCUCCAGAGCCUUCACGACUUCAUCAAGGCCUUUUCCCAGGCUGUGGAGGACACGCACACCCUCAUCGGGCAGGUGCACAUGGAGUUCAGGCAGCAGGUGAGGGACAUCACUGCGGAUAAUCUCAUCGAGAAGUACUCGGAGAGCAAGGGCACGGGCAAGGAGCGUCCAGCCACCUUGCAUCCCAUCCAUCAGGUUUUGGGAUCCUCAAAAAUGUUCAUGAUCCACCAACCCAUUCCUCCAAAGGGCUUCUUGACAGGCCCCAUUGAGUUUGAAGAAUGCAACAGCACCAACUCAGCCAACAUGAUAGAGGGACUGAGGAAGAGAACGAGGAAAGCGUUUGGAAGAAGAAAGAAAGAGAAAGACACGGACUCCACGGAAUCACCAGACGCAGACUCAGUUCCACAGAAGUUGCCAAACGGCGCUCCCAAUGGCUAUGUUGGGGAGAUAGAGUGGCAGAGAUAUGUGGACGAUGAAGGCUUCAGCGUUCGACCGGAGCCCAAUCAGAACGAGCCGCGCGAGAACCACUUCUACUCAUCGAGCGACGACGACUCGGACGACGAGGACCGCAAGCGGUUCCACGUAGAGAUCAAACCGGUGCAGCCGCGCGACUCCAACCACAACCCAGCCGCGGCCAUCGAGCAGCUGAAGGCCUCCAUCGGCAACAUCAUGCUGUCUUCGCCCGCCACCGCGAGGCGAAGUCCGCUCUCACCGGGUCCUAUUAAAAGGAACUCGUCGACGGACGAGCUGUCAAGGCCACGGCGUUCCACCCCGACACCCGACAACAUCAGUGGCAACUCCAAGACCAACAGCGACCUGCUGGCCGCCCUGGACCCUCUCUACGGCGGCGCCGGCGAGUCAGACCCCACCUCUCCCGCCUCGCGGAGGCACAAAGGCAGUAGGGGUCGCGGCGCUACGGCCUCCGCCCCGCCGCUCACCGCCUCCUCGGCACACACGUCCCCCGGCAGCGGCGACCGCAGCACGGCUCGCUCCCCGGGCACGCGCAGCGAAAACGGCAGCGCGACCGCCGGCGCCGGCGCCGAACCGGCGCAGCAGCACGACCACUGGGUGUCGUUCGACGACGACGACGGCGGCGGCGGCGGCGGCGGGGGGGGCGGCGGCGUGGUUACCGGCGUGGCACCGCCGCCACCCCGGCCGACCGUCAGAGUCUACCUGGAGCGCCGGGGAUCGCUGCCGAGCUCGCUGCCCCUGGAGGAGGCCGUGGGCGGCGGCGGCGGCGCCGAGACGUCCCCGUCGCCGCCCGAGAGCCCGUCGCCGCGCCGCACAUCGCUGCCCAUGCACUGGGAUUCGGACUCGCUCGCCGUCUACCGCUUCGGGCCGCUCUCCGAGCCCGGCUCGCCCGUCGGCGAAGCGACCCGCUGCUCCACGCCGCCCGUGAGCCCCCCGCCGCCUCCGCCGCUGCCCCCCCGACCUCCCGCGCAGCGGCUGACGCCGACGCCGCCCUCGGCGUUGGCGCCGCCGUCCCCGCCGUCCCCGCCGUCCCCGCCCGUCGCCCCCGAGGAGGAGCCGGCGCCGCGGCCGCCGACGCCGCCGCCCUCCAGUCCCCCGCCGCUCCCGGCGACGCCGGCGACGAAGUCUUCGCCGGCGUCGCCGGCCGCUUGCGGGAGACGCUGCGCCACGCCGUCGGGCGGGACGCCGCCCCCGCUGCCCAGCACGGGCCCACCCAGAACCCCGCCGCCGCGGCUGCCGUCGUCCUCGGGGCCGCCCGGCACGCCGCCGCUACCGCCCUCGCCCAGGGCGGAAAAACCGCGGGCCAUGACGCAGCUGCCGCGGGUGCCGCAGGAGACACCGCCGGAGGAACUCGCGGGCAGCUCCGAACUAGCGCCGACAGAAUUGUCCAGCAUUGAGUGUGCCCUGUCGGAUGGAGCAGCGGAGGAGGGGUUACUCGACGGCGUUCAGCAGGCCGUGGGCACGGCCGGUGGGCGCGGGGCGGGCGACGCCGGGCCCUCUCCAGUUCACACCACCAAGAGCCCGCAGACGACGAAUGGCGGAGGGGGGGGAGGCGGAGGAGGAGGAGGGGGGGGUACAUCGCUCAUUCCACCACCCCGGCCCCCGUCACGGCCCAAACUCCUGCCCAGCAAACUCGGGGGCAUCGAGGAGAACGUAAGGGCGGCGGAUGGUUGGGGUGGCACGCCGCGAGCGUUCAGCCCCCCGCUGGCCCCGCUGGCGCGCGCCGAGAGCUCCUCCUCCAUGUCGUCCUCCACGUCCAUGAGCGCCGCCACGACGCCCACAUACGUGUGUAGCUUUUUCAACGGUGUCGCUGCAGUGCGGCGCGUGGGAGCGUCGCGGGGCCCCAGUCCGCUCACGCUGAGCGCUCACGACUCCGUGCCCAUCGCCGCCGCCUUCACCGAGUCCAUCAGCGCCUACUUCAAGGGCGCCGACCACAACAACUGCAUCGUAAAGGUGGUGGGCGAGAUGACGGUGUCGUUCCCGGCGGGCGUGGCGCGCGUCUUCGGGGGCAGCACCUCCCCGCCCGUGCUCAGCUUCCGCCUGCGGCACGCGCGCCGCCUUGAAGCCGUGAGGCCCAACGCCACGCUGCUCUUCAGUGACCCCUCCCAGAGUGACCCCAACUGCAAGGACUUCUGGGUGAACAUGGCGGCUCUGACGACGCACCUCAAGAAGCUGUCGGAGCAGAACCCCACGGCGACGUACUAUAACGUGGACGUGCUGAGAUACGAGGUGAGUGUGUCGGGCGGCGCCCAGUCGGUGCCGCUGAGCCUGGUGGCGCGCUGGAAGUGCGAGCCGACGGCCACCGAGGUGCAAGUCGACUACCGCUUCAACAGCGCUGCCAUGGCCGCACCGGUGCCGCUCACCAGCGUGCAGGUCAUCAUCCCCGUGGACGGCGGCGUGCUCGGCAUGCAGGCCCAGCCGCCCGCCAUCUGGAACGCUGAGCAAAGCAGGGCACUUUGGAAAAUACCAGAAAUAUCUGACAAGUCAGAUGGGGCGGGCUGUGGCUCGCUGCGUGCACACCUGGAUGUGUCGGCGGGACCCAGCUCCCCGUCCACGCUCGCGGUGCAGUUUGGCUGUGAGGGAGCUUCCCUCUCGGGCCUGCAGCUCGAGCUCGUGGGCCCCGGCUACCGCCUCUCGCUGCUCAAGAAGAGGAUGACCACUGGUAAGUACUUGGUGGACUGCUGACCCACCGACAGCGCCGCCCCUCCUGCGCCAGCCGGACCUCCCUCCCCGCAUGCGCCGCUCGCCGCCGCCGCCGCCACUAACGGUUGUGGCGCGCCCGUGAGCGUUGGCGCUGCGGUCGACGCUGGCGAGCGGUCGGAGCCAGGAGGGGGGGGACGUCAGUCGGGGCCGCAGAGCCGGCGAGCGUGGAGGCCGCAAGAUUCUCGCGAAUCUCCGGAGCAGCGAGCCUCUUCCGGCCUCGCCGGUGCCGUGUGCUCCCGACCGGAUUGGCGUCCGUCUGUCCGUCCGUGCGUCUGCGAGUCCGCUGGUUUCGGCCGAACGCACGGUGGUGAUGGAGGCUGCCCCUCCCGCCCCCACUCCCUGACCCUAAAUGUUGCCAGCUCCUGCAGGUGCCCCCCAACCCCCCACUCCACACCAUCACCCACAAGCACCGCCCCCCCCCCCCCAAGGUGCCGCCACAGCUGGCAACGUCGCCGGUUCUCUCCCACGCCGCCGGUAAGCGGCGUGGCCGUUGUGUCUCUCCGGACCUGCCUGCCGGUCCUCCCAUGGACAAGCCAUUAAGCAAGAACUUUGCACUUUACAUUGUAUACCCUUGUUCAAGUUUUUUUCGUUUCGUUAUAGGGGGAGGAAUUACUUCAUGGUGUUAACGUCGGUAUCGUGUUGUUGUAAUGUUUUAUAUAUAUAGUGUUGUUUCUUUUCUCCUCUGGCCCGGCUUCCCCUCGCCGUAGAGUGCGCGCGGUGACUAUGCGAUGGCACUUGCGUGAGACGCGCGCACGGCUGGCACGCCGGCUGUGUUUGGCGUCGGCUGCUGCCGCUGUUGUUUUCUCGUUGACAGCUGCGGUGGGGGGGGGGGGGCAGUGCCAUCGUUGCGCAACGCCGCUGCCCUCUGCCAUCGUUCGAAGCUGCGAUCACUAAUCGUCCCAGUGGUGUCGAUAUAAAUAUUUACACACACAUGCAGACACGCAUACGUGGGUUUAUGUUGAUUCUCUCUCUCUCUCUCUCUCCAAGAGUCUUGAUUUUGUCUUCGUUCUGGUUGUUAUUUGUAUUCGUUUGCUUCUGUCUGCUUGGCAGGGUUCGCGUGCCUGUGUGCGCGCGUGAGUCUUUGUGCGUGCGUGAGUCUUUGUGCGUGCGUGAGUCUUUGUGCGUGCGUGAGUCUUUGUGCGUGUGCGCGUGUGUCUUUGUGUGCGUGCGUGUGUGUACGUGUGCGCGUGUGUCUUUGUGUGUGUGCGUGCGUGUGUGUACGUGUGCGCGUGUACAUGCGUGUGUGCAUGCACGUGUGCACGUAUGUGCACGUGUGUGUGACCCUGCAAUACCGCGACGCAUCUACCAGAGGCUCUAAGCUGCUCCUCUGGAGGGGAUGAUGAUGAUGAUGUUUGACUGUGCUGCUGCUGUGCGUGUGUGCUCGUGUCUAGUCGAGAACGCUGUAGGUUUCUCGCUCGUUUUAAAUGUUAGACCUGCCUUACGUGGUGGCGAGUUAAAACAAAACAAAAAAAAGACACGAUAUAUUCUAAUGUAAAUAGUCGGUGAUUUGUUCUUGAGCACCUAUAUGAUGAUGAUGAUAAUGAUGAUGGUAGUCGUAAUACAAACAGAAAUUGUACAUUUAUAGAGAUUCAGUCACUCUUAAGAAUAUUUUUUUUUAAUGUGUUGCACUUGUAAUAAAAUUUAAGAAAAUGUAUAUUCUAGAGCGGGGGAGGACGGAUCGUGUGCUGUACGUACACCGAGGGGGUUUUUCUGUUCGAUAACACAAAAAUAAUAAGAAAUCGGAAAAAUGACAAAUUCCCGUUGGGUUAUAAAAAUGAAAUAACGGUGAUUUUUUAUUUACUUUUUGUUUCUUCUUAACUUCCGCCUCUGUCAUGUCCUCUCUGUGCGGUGCUAACACACCGAGAGAUGCCGUGUAUAUACCGCCAACGUAACCGUCCAUGUAGAAGUUACCGUUACCGCUUUCACUUGUAUAUGCCAAACAGACCCGUUCGCAUAUAAAGACAUCUAUUGAUGGAC